AUGUGGAGUGUGUGGGAGGAGGGGGCACUCACUUAUGGUCCAGAUGCAAUAAGCCUGCCGGAAGACCACGGAAGCGCCCAACUGCCGACGCCAGUCCGUCUGGCUGCCGGCCUCGUCGCUGGCGUUCCACGAAGCUCCACGCGCCUCUGGAAGCGCAAAGCCCUGGCCGGGAGUCAAGUCGCCCAGGCCAAUGGUCGUCAGGGAGACGACGCAAAAGUACACCGCGUCCAAAUACGACCAGCCCGGCUCCAGAGCGAAGAAGAGACCCGCCGGCAGGAAGAAGAGCAACAGAACGACCACCAGGCAGAAGAGGACGAGGUGAAGGGUGCGCGCCGAGACAAGCUGACGCCGGCAAGUCGGGCAGCUGCAGUAGCAUUGAAUGGGAACUGGCCGGCUGCCAUCCUCUUUGCAUUCGUUGUCCCCUCCUCGGAACCCCUCGGACGCCAGACAUUGGGCAGCAGAUUGGUACGGCUUGUCGACCCGCGGUAUGGCUGA